UUCACCAAAUUUAGACACCGAUAUCGAAUACUAAACAAUGAGGAUGACUCACCGAAUAUCUCUGACAAAUGCGUUGCCAUCUCCUUGAAACUGAGCUCUUGAGGUAACUUUGGCAACAUAUGGCCAGUAUAACGUGCAUGUUCAUUGCUUCCCAACCUACGUACCAACAAUCGAGUCUUCCACGCGUCGUCUUGGUUACAGAAUUCUGUUCUAAAUGUAUCUUCCCAACGCUUGAACCACGUGAGAAAAGUAUUUCCACUUUCGGGAUCAUAGAUGAACUCUGGGAUGCUGCUAGCAGCUCCAUCACAAGACGUGCUUGAAAUAACAUGUGAACUCGAGCUGUGGAUGUUGAACUGUUGAGUCAGUCUCCAACAACCUCAUUUGUGCACCAAGUUGUGCUUGCUGUUGUUGUAAGAUUCGGUUAAGCUAGUCAUCUGAUGUGGGCAUCUUGGAUUUGUUUUCCUUUUUCCCCGUCGCCAUUGUUAUAAUCUCUUUCUUACGGUUAUGACCCAGCUAUUCCUAUUGCUUAGUAUUCUCGGACACCGAUUCACUCGACAAGUCCCCAAAUCAGAACACGAUUGAACAGGAAAGAGAUUAUAUUCCAAAUUACAAGGUUACAUGGAAGUAAGAAGCACAAUAGGAAAAACGUUUAUUUAUUUAUUAUUUUAUUUUAGCACAUAGAUAUUGGUACAAGGAGGCACCAAAUGCAUAUGCGCUACACAAAUCUCAUUCAAUAUGUGUGAGGGCUGUGAUACUGCCCAGGUCCCCAAACCGAAGCAGGUGGUUUUCUUAGGGGGCCACACCCGGAGCCUUCGACCUGAAGGUCUAAUCCACAAGGCAGUGGAGCAUCGUAAGGAGAUGCAGUCCCAUGGUAGCUGGUUACCAACGAUUGGUUCAUACGCCAUUUGUUCCCUCAGGACACUGGAGCUCAUGUGCACCAUUGGUUUAGAAUCCGGUUAAAGCGCCAGACAUUCGCUUUUCGUCCUCUCAUUUUCGUAAACAACACCCCUGCCACGAAAAGGCAGUGAGUAGAACUUCUCUGGCAGAGGCUAUAUACACGUGGCCAUGUGAGAGCAUUUCGAGAGGGAGAGCGGACUCUCCUCACUCUCGGCCGUACCAGGGCAUUUGGGGGCAUGGGAAGAUUCUAGAGUAUUCUCCAAGUAUCGGCUAGUGCUGAUUGGUUAAGAAUUAGCCAAUCAGCGUGCAUUAAAGCAAUCAUGCAUUGAGCAUGCUUUAAUCCAGUCUAUGUCCCGCUAACAGACUUCAUGUUUACAGAAAAAUAUCCAGUUCUUUCAGUUUAUUGAGAUAAGUUCUCGUAGCAAUCAUUACUGUCUCAAUUAUUUAUGUUUCGAAGGAUUUGUUUUGGGGCGGUAAGGUUAAAAGCAACAAAUUAAAUUCUGAGGGGUGUGGAUAUACAUUACUGAUUGUACUGGAGUGUGGUGAAGGUAAAAUCUCUGCCUCAGACGACCAGUAUCUGAGUUGACAUUGCCUUAUAAAGAUGGUAGGAAAAGGUUUAAAAAGAUCAGUCCUCAAAUUAACACACCAUGACGCUCCGCGAAUUUCCAUCGCCGGUGGUAAGUACAGGGCCAACAGAGAAUGGUACUCACAAAAAGGACAUGUGACCACCGACCUGAAGCAGUUGUUCUUGGUCUUUGUGAUCAUACUCGCAUGUCGGCGAGAUUACUACCAGUCCAGUUUCUUUUCAAGGUGUCUAAGGACAAAGUAUCUUUCGAUAGUGUGGGUAUCCGGAAAGUGACGACUGCUGUCAUACGUCUGAUAGCACUGUGGAUUACUUUGAGUGGUCAAUUGUGUGUUUGUCUUUGUAUGUUGUUUUUUAUAACUGCAAUAAAAGAAAUUCAUAGAUUUUUGAAUAUUUGACCGCUGAUCUUGAAUAAGGGUGAGCAUAGUUUCGUGGUGGCCUACUCAAAUGUUUGAAUCGUUAAUGUUUCAACUGUACAAAUAUUUUGGAGUCUAAGCACUCUAUAUACGAUGGAUGGGAGUUUGAUAAUUGAAUACGAGUGAUAGCCACAGACUGUUAUGAACACAAAAUAUGUUCUGACUAAUUACAAUCUAAAAUUACAUCAAUGAGAUGUUUACUGUAACAUUCCACAAUUGGUUCUGAGACUUUCUCGCUGUACCACAAUUUAUAAUAUUCAAUAAAUGUGAUUGUAUCAUUAUGUCAAUCAGUUAGUCAAACUGAAGUAUAACAUUAAACAAAUGUCUAUGUCAACAACAGUUACUACACCAGUAGAUUAAACCUAUUUUAAUAAAUUACAAGUUUAUGUAACUGGCUUGUGAUUAUGUUAUUUGUAUUAAAACUUUAGUGAGUUUUCGUUCAAUUUACGCAGACCAAAGUAACUGGAACACAGGAUUCGAGCCUACAACCUCUGAUUAAAUCAUAAUUCUUUAUUUUGUUGUUUUAUAAAUAUAAUAAACCCUACUUUAUUCAUUAAAGAGGAAGAAUGUAUUUGUAAAAUCUCAGUGGAAGAAUUUGAAGUAAAUCCAACCUUUCGCCUAGCAAUCUGGUCCAAGCUUUUUCAAGGAAAAUAUAAUAUAAUAUAAAGCUUGGACCAGAUUGCCUGGCGAAAGGUUGGAUUUACUUCAAAUUCUUUCACUAAGAUUUUACAAAUACAUUUUUUCUCUUUAAUGUUUCACAUUAACUUGGCGCCCAAAUGCUGUGAAACUAUUCGUCCCUACUUUAUUCAGUUUAAAUUCUCAAAGUUUAUUUCUAAUUGAAUUAUUAUUUCAAAAUAGAAAACAUCUAUAUUUUCUCAAUGGAAAACGGAAGAAAUACUAAUCUUCGAAGUCUUGUUCGACCCGUUUCACCAUUAUCCAGAUGGCAAAAACCACCACUUCCAAUUGAUACUGCUGAUGACGAUGAUGAUGAAAUAAGAAGAGGUGGUGUUGAUCGUAAACGUUUAGAUCGUCGAAGUAGAAGUCGUUCCCCAGCGUUGUUUUCUUCUGUACAUCUUGCUUCAAGUGGACCUACUAGUGGUGUAGAGAUACAGCCAAGUGAAGAAACUAGACGUAUUAUUGUACGUCGUCCUUUACAAGAUACAAAAGAGGAAGUAGAAGAUUAUACAGAAAAACAGUCAAAAUCAAAACCUAAUGAUUAUUCACGAUCGAAUAUUGAUGAUAAUAAACGGCGUUUAAGAGAUGAACGAUCAAAGAAACUGAUGCCACGACCUAUUCUAUUCAAAAACCGUCCUGUACCAAUCACUGCUCCAAGUGGAAUUGACCGGGAGAAUACUUGUCCUAUGCUGCUUCGUUUAUUUUAUUCCACAAACGCACGUCAUUAUUCAUUGUCAGAUUAUAAUAAACGUCGUACACCGGAAAAUGAGAUACAAUUCAAUACAUGGAUUGACGCAACGCUUGCAGAAUUAGCUGAUGAAGUACGUAAUGUUGUGCCCAUAGCUAGACGUCGUGGUACACGUAUGCAUUUUGCAAUAGUCUAUCCGGAUAGUCGUGGUACUUAUGGACGUCGUCAAUUAGGUGUUGUUAUUACUGGUUAUGGAUUAAACUCUUGUGAAUUUGAUAAUAAUUCUGCUGAUACAACAACAAAUCGUAAUAAUAAUAAUAAUAUUCAGAGACCUUCUAAUUUGAUUGACGACUCAUCAGUAACUCUGUUGUCGAAAAAAUUCCAGAUUGGUGAUUAUGUGGAUUGUGCAAUUGUUGAAUAUACUCCAGGUUCUUUAGGUGGUUGGUCAUCUGGGCGACGUCCACUUGGUCCACCACCACCAUCAACAACAACUGGAUCUGAUCCACAUGGUUCUGCACUUGAAGAAGCUCGAAUGAUAUAG